AUGACCCCCAUUCAGAAGCCUGUAUCAGCCCAGCCGGCGCUGGCAUCUCCGGCAUCUCCUCCCGCCUCUUCUACUCCCCCCUCCGAAUCUUCUUCGGCUUCGGCUUCUGCUUCUGCUUCUUCCUCCUCUGCUUCAGUCGCUAUGGCAAAGACUUAUCCUCCUGUACAGCCUGGAGGCAGUCUGAUCUUAGCAUGGCAAAUCAAGCACAAGAAGGUGCUAGUUGUCGGCGGUGGUGAGGUCGCUGCUGGUAGAAUCCUAAACUGCCUCAACGCCGACGCCAACGUCACUGUCGUGUGCCCCAAGUCCGGCCUCAAUGAUGAAGUCGCCUACCGAGUCAGCGAAGGUCAAGUCGCCCACGUCGACCGAGUAUUCGAGCCCGGAGAUUUAGACGGAGCCAGCAUGGUUCUGGUCGCUAUUGACGACCCCGCCGCCUCGACCGUCGUUUGGAAGCUUUGCAAGGAGCGAAGGAUUCCCGCCAACAUCGCCGACGUACCACCCGAGUGCGAUUUCUAUUUCGGCAGUAUUCAUCGAGAUGGUCCCCUCCAGAUUAUGGUCAGCACCAAUGGAAAGGGGCCCAGGUUGGCGGCGGCCAUUCGGCAGUUCAUCGCCAAGCAGCUGCCCAAGAAUGCUGGGAAUGCCAUCGAGACUAUCGGUGAACUGCGACUCAGAUUAAGAAAAAUGGCCCCCAAACCUGAGGAUGGACCCAAACGAAUGCUUUGGAUGUCCAAAGUUAGCGAUACCUACAAGUGGGACGAGAUGUGCGGCCUCACAGACGAAGAUAUGGACAAUCUCCUUCUGUUCUAUCCUGCCAACAAAGUUCCUGCGAUGGACGUUCUGCUAGCUCUCCGCGGAGGCACUGAUGUCAAGAAACUCGACGUCUUUGACGGCUCAUUCGGCUUCAGUGUCGGCGCCUAG